GCAGGGGCGGCGGGGCAUGGGGAGCGGCGGGGCGGGCUGGUGCCUGGCGCUGGCGCUGCUGCUGCUGCUGCCGCCGGCCGGCCUGGGCAAACCGACAGCGCGGCAGGAGCGGGCGCGGCCCGGCGCCGCGCAGCACGAGGACCGGCCGGGCUUCCAGUACGACCACGAGGCCUUCCUGGGCAAGGAGGAGGCGCGGAGCUUCGACCAGCUGAGCCCGGAGGAGAGCCGGGAAAGGCUGGGGAAGAUUGUGGAUAGAAUAGAUGACAACAAAGAUGGCUAUCUCACAACAGAGGAGUUAAAAAACUGGAUUAAACGGGUACAGAAACGCUAUAUCUAUGAAAAUGUGGCUAAAGUUUGGAAAGACUAUGAUCUAAACAAGGACAAUAAAAUUGCUUGGGAAGAAUACAAACAAGCCACCUAUGGUUAUUAUCUAGAAAAUCCAGAAGAAUUCCAAGAUGCAACUGAUCAGCACAGUUUUAAGAAAAUGCUGCCCAGAGAUGAAAGACGAUUCAAAACUGCAGAUCUGGAUGGAGACUUAGCUGCCACUCGUGAAGAAUUCACUGCUUUCCUUCACCCAGAGGAGUUUGAGCAUAUGAAAAACAUCGUUGUCUUAGAAACCUUAGAAGACAUAGACAAAAAUGAGGAUGGUUUUGUGGAUCAAGAUGAGUACAUUGCUGAUAUGUUUGCAAAUGAAGAGGGUGGACCAGAGCCUGACUGGGUGAUUACAGAACGUGAACAGUUUUCAGAUUUUCGUGACCUCAACAAGGAUGGAAAGAUGGACAAAGAGGAGAUUCAGCACUGGAUUCUCCCACAAGACUAUGAUCACGCACUAGCUGAAGCCAGGCACUUAGUCUAUGAAUCGGAUGUAGACAAGGAUCAAAAACUAACAAAAGAGGAGGUUCUAGACAACUGGAAUAUGUUCGUUGGAAGUCAAGCUACUAAUUAUGGGGAGGACCUCACAAGAAACCAUGAUGAACUAUGAUACAGUAUACCAUCCAGUAUGCCUCAGACCUUUUCUCCGCUUUACUGAAAUCGUUGUGUCCAUCCUAUCUUUUGGGGGAAGAUGGGCAAGGGACACACUCACAGCCGAAUGACUUGCAUUAAUAUAUUUUUAACAUGCCAGCUUAUUACCUCAGAAACAGCGUAGAAAUAGCUUUUUACUCUUUUCACAUGGUUAAAUGCAAUAUCUAAUUACUACAGUUUUAUUUUGGAAAAAAUAAAAAGGUAACUUUUCUUAAUAGAUAGAGCCUGACCUGGAAAAGGCACUUCUAAAAACAUAGUUGCAAGAAUCUUUAAGAGUGAAAUAUGUUCUUCAAAUAUCCACUGUAACUAUAGUGAAAUGCAGCUAGGAUAAUGUUUAAACAGACUAAGCUAUUUAGUCGUCUUUUUUAAUAGCAUAUAACGAUUUAGCGUUAUACUUUGAUCCUCCUAUCCAGAGAAAAGGUUUGACACAACAAGAUCCACGGCCUUUUUCUGCGCACUGUUUUUCUCUCCUGGUUUGGGCCAGAGGUGCCGCAGAAGGUAUCCGGCAGCCCUCUGGUUCAUUGCUUUACAAGUGCAACAUGUACAACUGGCCCUUCUCUCUAACUCCCAUCACAGUGCAGAGACAGCACAUGUGGCCCAACACCCUGUGCCGGCAUUCCUCAGCGAGGGUUGUGGAGUUCAUAGUGACAGCUGCUCCUUCUGACAACAGAAUAACGUACAAUUGUUUGUGGGCUGUUGGUUAUGCUGUUUCCUGGGAGGAAUUAUGCCACAUGGAGCAUAAUUUAUCUCACGCUUUUCACACUUUACCCAAGCCACACUCUUGUUCACACAGUGUGAAUGGCAGCAGUUUUGUGAUGGAGAAAGAACGAGACAUAUCACCCCUCUGGGCCUUCUGUCUUGUCUACCACAUAAGAGGACAGAUUUAUGUGGCUAGAGUUUUGGGUUUGUAUGUAUAUACGUACAAGUACGUGUUACUGAAGCAACUACAUGAAGACAGCUUUCCUUCUAAAGAAAGGGAUAAGCUUUCCACACAGGUGCUUUCUUUUUUACUCUAUAAUGUGAGCAGUUACAUGUAUAUUUUUAUAUACCCAACUUAGAUAAGUUUGGUUGGUUUUAGAUGUACUGGUUCUAAAAUAAGCACAAUAAAACCAGUACUUCUUUUUUGAUACUAUGAAGGUGCAAUAACACUAACACGGAGUACCAUAGAGAGAUGAUGUGAAAGCACAAACCAAGCCUUUAAAGCCAGUUGUUUCCAAAGCACUGGGUCAUUGGCAGCUCCUGCAGCACUGGGUGGUGCAGUAUCUACAAACAGCAGCUGGACAUACAGCACCAACUGUUUCUUCUUCACCUCAUUAAAAAAAAAAAAGAAAAAGCUAGAAGUAAGUCCAAUAUACAUAGUUCCUAUUGCUAUCACUAAAACUUGUUCUGAAUGCUAAUAGUAAGAGAUUAGGGCUCCACAACAGUGUUCACCUGGAGGUUCCUUGAAGGGUUUGGUCUACUGCAUCACACACUGAUGAUCACACAACCAUCCAGAGAGGAGCUUUGAGACCCCCAGGUUGUGAUAUACUUCAGGAAUAUAACAGAUUUGUGAAAAUCAUCAUGAGACAAUGCAGAACUGUGACCUCCAUAAGCAGUGUCAUUUUUAUAAGGUCAUAUAAGAACUGUGGUGAAAUAUUUUAACAUCUUCCAUUUGAAGAUAAUUAAAUCUAGAUACCAGUGUCUGGCAGAGAUUACAUGUUCUUGGUAGAACAAUUAUUAAGCUUUUGGUGUGCACUUCUUACGGCAUUGCCAGCAAUGUCUCUGAAAAAGUCCCUACCUCUUCCACUAACAUACAGUAGGACAAAUGUCAUAAGACAUAAGCGAACUGUUUUUGCUUUUCCAGCACCUUCAAGUUAAAUAAAUGCCUAAAUGCAGUGUUAUCUGAGAAGCAAUAAAAUUGUAUCUUGGCACAUGUAAAAGAUGAUCUGUUUUGUUUAUGACUUGGAUUUGGAAAGGUUUGUUGUAUUAGAUAAUCCUAACCGUCCUGAGAGCUUUUUUAUUUUUAGUAGUAGUCCUUUCAUACUAAAAUUUAACGUUUUUAUAUUUUAGUAACAGAAUUGCAGUAUUCUCUCUGCACUCAGAUUUUCUUCUGCUGUUUCAGGAAACAAUACCUUAAAAGACCUCAAAAAAAGCUUGUUUCCUGCAAGUGAAACUGCAGCUCAGACUGGAUACUAAGCCAAGGAUUUUCACUGAAGCCCAAGGGAAGGUUGUUUGCUAACUCUUGUUGAAAUUCAGUGGGAGUUAGGUGCUGAGACACUAAGCAUUGUUGCCUUCAGCUAAACAUGACACUUCCAAAUCCACUGCAUACUGUCCCAACAAAAUCUGCAUCUGAGCUUUGACAAGCAAUCGCAUUUUCUUCCACGUUACUCAAUGAAUUUGGAAUAGAAUUAGCAUCACAUGAAAUUGUGUUCCCAUGUUUGUUCUUGAUUCCUAUUAAGGCUUGGAACACACUGGGCAUUUUCCAGUAUAAAACUAUACUUACAUGAGUAAGAAUGCUAAAAUCAGAGGAGUUAUUCAUGGUAGCACAAACUGCAAAUUUAGACCCAUAGUAUUUUACAGUAAAAUCUUUUUUUUACCAAAAAAUUGGUACUCGGGUAGACUAUAUCCAGCUAUAAAAAAGGCAAACAUUCCAAUUAGAAUGAGGUUCAAAAUAAUCAAAUUAUUUAUCAUCAGUAAUGGGUAAUGGGGUUACAUUAAGACUAGGAACUUUUUUAUAAAAGAAUAUAGAAACAUUUUUUUCAGAGAAUGUAAGUAUCACUGAUGUCAUUUCACUCUAAAGGCUACCCUUUUGUUUCUGCAGCUCUUCAUAGUGUUUCACUUACAAACAUUCAGUAAUGCACAGUACAUUUUGUGCACUAAAUUUUCCUUUCAAGCUCAAUGCACUAAGGAAGAGUAACUCCAAAAGAGACUAGAGCUUCUGGGUUUAAAUUUAACACUAUUUAAGGAACGCAAACUUUUGCUAGGGGAUAUAACUGUUAACAUUGUGAUUUUUCAAGCCUAAGGUUUCUAAUGGGGUUUGACUGUUCCAGAGAUAACAUUAUUUUUUUUUUCCUAGGUAACAUAUUUCAAGUCAUAUUAUGAGCAAAUGUUACAAAAUUUUAGUGUAAUGUGAAAUACUGUAAUGUCAGAUAGCAUUAUUUAUCUGCUUAAUAUGACUAAAACCAUUAAUUGCUGGGAGCCAUGCUUCAUCUCAGCAACAUGAAAAUCCAUUUUGUGCCUAUCUUGUCAGUUAUUGCCAAUUUUCUUAAUGAGUUGUGAUGUAGUGAAAUUCUGUUGGGAAAUGUGUUUAUAUAUUUCCAACUGCAGGUUCUGUACGGUAACUUAUUACAUAGAUCCUCCAUUAACUCAAUGUUUUCAUUAUGCCUAUGCCACAACAUAUCAAAGGUGCAUUUUUCUUGCUUAGAUAUGUGGAAUAGCCAUUAUUAUUGCACAUGCAGUUUUAAUUAUUAGAAUUUAUGAAAUUAA